AUGGCCAUUCCGGAAGGAGUUAAUCACUUACAAAUAGAUCAUGCCGUGAAAGUCCCAUUUCCUCAAACAGUUACGCGUACAACUUCGGAGUUACCGUACAACUUCGAACGCCGCAUUGAAGAAGUGCUGGCGGACACCGAGAGAACAACCGGUAGCCGGCGGGAAGUUACCUGCAUAAUGACGGAUGCUGCUAUCUGUUCUCCGCUUGGAAAAAUGGCGGAGGAUAUGAAUGUUCCAUGGAUAGCCUUUAUGCUAGCUCCUCCAAAUGAUCUUCUUUGCUUUUUUGAAAUGGAUAAAAUUCAAAAGCUUUUCGCUAAUGCUAAAAGCGAAAAUGAUAAUGUAGAUGUUAUUCCUGGAUUAUCUUCUCUACCCUUUAAAGAUUUGCCCCAUGAAAUACAUUUAAGCAAGCCAAGUAAUGAAAUUGUGCCAUAUUUAUAUCGUAUGGCACAAAAACUACCACAAGCAAAAGCUCUUUUGUUGAAUACCUAUGAAGAACUAAACCCAAUUCCUCUCACAAAUUAUCUAAAAUCAAAAGAGAAUGAUGGUAGUUCUACUUCUACAGGUUGUUUAUUUUCAUGGCUCGAUAGACAAAAAGUUAGUUCUGUUGUCUAUAUAUCUUUUGGAACAGUUGUAGAAUUGGGUAGUGAAGAGUUAAUGGCACUAGCGGAAGCAAUUGAAUAUAGCGCUCGGGAGCGUCUUAUUUCUUCUCAGACUGAUGAAUCUGAAGCUGAGUCAAGAAUUGAUGAGGUCGAGGCUGUAGGGGGCGAGAAGAAGAGGAAGGUAUACGGCAUCGGGUCUCAGACAUCACAGCUUUACUGCGGCUCAGCAGCUCACGCUUUUACAGUCAGCGCAGGACCACAGCCUGAGCACACUGCCGAGCAGUUUACUAAAUUAUGGGCUAGUGUUGAUGAUCAGCAGAGGCAGAUUGCAGAGCUUAGAGCGCAUGUGAUGCAGCUGUCCGAUCGAAAUGUUUCGACGUCUCAGCAGCAGCCACUACUGACUUCUGAUCCCGAUGCUGCAGACUAUACCUUGGUCACCCCUCCUGGAACUACAGCACAUCCAGCAGAUACUUCUCCCGACGAUCCGACAUCGGAUCGUGCAGAUGAGCAGCCGCGUAGAUUUGAUUUUGGACCUUUUUAG